CCGACUCGACUGCUAACUUCACCUUCGAAACAACCCCUCCCCUUGAGAUUUCCGAAGAUCAAAUCAAAACCCUAAGAACAGUAGCAGCGAGGACAACUGAGCUAUGGCUGCAAAAAGAAUUAACAAGGAGCUUAAGGACCUGCAAAGGGAUCCUCCAGUGUCAUGCAGUGCCGGUCCUGUGGGUGAUGAUAUGUACCACUGGCAAGCGACUAUUAUGGGUCCAGCAGAUAGCCCAUUCUCUGGAGGUGUCUUUCUUGUUUCCAUUCACUUCCCACCAGAUUACCCCUUCAAGCCACCAAAGGUUUCUUUCCGCACCAAGGUUUAUCACCCGAAUAUCAACAGUAAUGGCAGCAUCUGUCUUGACAUUCUGAAAGAGCAGUGGAGCCCUGCACUUACCGUAUCCAAGGUUCUUCUGUCGAUAUGCUCAUUGCUGACAGAUCCAAACCCCGAUGAUCCUCUGGUUCCUGAGAUAGCUCACACCUACAAGACAGACCGAGCCAAGUACGAGAGCACUGCCCGAUCCUGGACCCAGAAGUAUGCAAUGGGAUGAUGAUGGGAAAUAAGGCCCGCACCAGUACAUUGCGCAAUUGUCUAAGAAUAGGAGAAAUAAGAAAAAAAUACUUGACUUUGGCUUUUGCUUGGUUUGCUGCUUUUGCUUUAUUAGUUUUAUUACCUCAAAGCCUUGUGUGGGUGUGUGUACAUGAGCUUUAUUAUGCCUUAUUGAUACAUUUGAGAUGUUCUCAGUGCUUUUAGCCAAUAAUUGGCUUAUUAUGAUGAAUCACUCUCUUGAAAGUGUUGAAGAAUAUACAAGUCUGCAUAUAAUGUUCAAUCAUUGAUAGUUUACUUGAUAAUACUAACAGUGAAGUUAUUAUAUUGGACCAACACA